AUGUGCAUCGAUCUCAAUGUUAAUUUACCGACGUUGGUGUCCUUUCUUCUUUUAUAUUCUUUGAAAACUGGAUGCAUUGUUAUUUUAAUAUGGACUUUGUUACGAUCCCUUUCCUUACUGAUAUUCUUCAUCCUUGCGAUGGUGGAUACCUUCCUGCCAGUCUCCUUGCCUAUAACAGCCAUGCUCAUGACGAAGAGACCACCAGACGAUGACCACUACUUUCCUGUGUUCACUGGCCACCUUAUAAUGAUUAUUACUGAGAGCUUCCUCUUUAUUUUCUCCAUAGUUUUGGGUUCAGGAUUGUACUCUCGCAAUCCGUUCCGCAUAGGCCAAUACGUAGUAUGCAGGUUCUUCUGUUGGAUAAGUGAGACAACCUUCCUGUCCAUGCUCUGUAUCGUUCACCUGCAUCUCAUCGGCUGGUACUUAGUGUUUCUCAUGGUUAUCAUUUUAGAGUUUUACAACUUCAUAGUGGUCUACAGUUACUACAUGGACUUGAUGGAAGAAUUUCAGGAAAGAGACCUGGACGAAAGAGAAAAAGAAAAAGCUAAAUUCAUAGCAGCAGUUACAGCUAGACCUGAUUGUGAACCUGGUCUAAAUGAGGUCCGCGUCGGUCGUGACUCUAAGGCCCCAAACGCCAAAGAAAUGUUGUGCACAACUUUAUAG